AUGAUGAUUGCCCGUCUUGGUCUCCCGCUCGUCGUCAUAGCGGCUCAGAGCGCGCUUGCGGCUGACUUCUUCUGGCCUGAUAUCACCAAUGUGUUCUCGUUCGGAGACUCGUAUACGGAUAGCAUAUCGCGCAUUGUCAAUGGGUCGCUCUCGCCGCCCAAUGAUGCUGGGACGGCAGGAGGCGGGCGCAUGUGGAUCGAGUUCGCGACGCAGACGUACAACGUCAGCGAUGUGAAUCUUUUCAACUUUGCCUACGGCGGCGCUGUAACGGAUGAGACGCUCAUCGCUCAGUCCUCUCCAGCAACGCAAUCAUUCAAAGAUCAAGUUGGAAAUUUCCUUGAGUUCUACGCCAAUAACACGGAAUUAGCGGAUUGGGAUGCCAACAAUACGCUUGUGACCGUAUUCUUCGGUAUCAAUGACGUGGGAAAGUCGUUCUGGUGGACAAACGAGACGGUCGCUGAGACGAAUGCACGCGUCCUCGCUUCUUACUUUGAGCGGCUAGCUUUGCUGAGGGAUGCCGGCGCGAGAAACUUCCUCCUGUUAGAGGUACCUGACGUUGGGCGCACACCGAAUCUCAUCAAGCAGGGUCUAAACGGAACACUCCAAUCAAAUGCCUCCGCCGACUAUAACACGCAAUUAGCUGCUGCUCUACCCAUCUUCGAGCAAAAUUCGACCGAUGUCGGCGCACCCGUGAACGUCAAGAUCCAUCCGACGCGCGAAGUAUUCGACUUCCUACUGGAUAACGCAGAUGUACUUGGUUUCCAUAAUGUCACCGCUGGAUGGUGGCAAGGGUUGAGCACAGAGCUUCAGGGCGAGGUAUCGCUCGCAACAUACUUCUGGUGGAACAACUUCCAUCCAAGCUGGGGUGUACAUGACUUCCUUGGUCAUAGCGUAGCAGCGUUCUUGACGAAGUGGUCGGGGCUAUAA